ACUUCCCUUUUUCUUUUUUCUUUUUGCUGUCGGUUUUCCACUUUUUAUAAAAUAAAAUGAGAGUAUAAUCUAGCAUUCGGUUCCGCAGAUACACAAAUUUCAAUCGUGUUAGAGAGAAUGACGAAAACAAUGAGUCUUGUUCUUGUAAUAUUAUUAUUCCUUUCAGUUUUUCACUUCUCACACGCUGAAGAACCUUUUGAUGUUCGCAAACACCUCUCCACUGUCUCCAGGUACGGUGUUGUCAAAGACAUUACUGAUAACAACUUUAUUCCUUCUAAAAUUCCUGAAGAAUGUACUCCAAUACAUUUAAAUCUUGUGGCAAGGCAUGGAACUCGUUCUCCAACAAAGAAAAGGAUUAGAGAGUUGGAUAAUUUGUCGGCUCAUCUGGAAGUUCUUAUAAGGGAUGUGAAAGAGCAAAAAUUGUCUUUGGAGAGAGUUCCUUCUUGGCUAAAUGGAUGGAAAUCUCCUUGGCGUGGAAGGCUUAAGGGUGGUGAGUUAAUUAGAAGAGGAGAGGAAGAAUUAUAUGAUCUUGGAAUAAGGAUUAGAGAAAGGUUUCCAAAUUUGUUUGAUGAGGAUUACCAUCCUGACAUAUAUCCAAUAAAGGCAACUCAGGUUCCCCGAGCAUCAGCUAGUGCUGUGGCAUUUGGAAUGGGUCUUUUCAGUGGCAAUGGAACUCUUGGACCUGGGAAUCACAGGGCUUUUGCUGUUACAAGUGAAAAUCGUGCUAGUGACACCUUGCUGAGAUUUUAUGAAUGUUGUCAUAACUACAAGGAUUUCAGGAAAAGGCAGGAACCUGCAGUUGAUAAACUUAAGGAACCUAUCUUGGAUGAGAUUACAUCUGCAUUAGUUGGGCGUUACGGGCUGAAUUUUACAAGGCAGGUUACAUCAUCUCUCUGGUUCUUAUGUAAACAGGAAGCAUCCUUGUUGGAUAUAACUGAUCAAGCGUGUAGUCUUUUCAGCCCAUCUGAGAUUGCAUUGCUGGAGUGGACAGAUGACUUGGAGGUGUAUAUUCUGAAGGGUUAUGGUAAAUCACUAAAUUAUAGAAUGGGGAUGCCAUUACUUGAAGAUGUUGUUCAAUCCAUGGAGCAAGCUAUUAAGGCUAAAGAAGAAAAGCAUGCUCCUGGCAGCUAUGAAAAAGCAAGACUUCGGUUUGCACAUGCUGAAACUAUAGUCCCAUUCUCAUGUCUGCUUGGUUUAUUUCUUGAAGGGUCUGAGUUUGACAAUAUUCAGAAGGAGAAACCUUUGCAGCUCCCUCCAAAGCCUCCACAGAAAAGAAAAUGGCGGGGUAGCACUGUGGCUCCUUUUGGUGGUAACAACAUGCUGGUCCUGUAUAGUUGUCCUACGCCAGACAAAGCUAGAAGCAAGCACUUUGUGCAAGUGCUGCACAAUGAACACUCCAUUCCAAUGCCGGGUUGUCAUGGUUCUGAUUUCUGUCCAUUUGAAGUAUUCAAGGAAAAAAUAGUUGCACCUCAUCGGAAGCAUGACUACGAUACAGUCUGUAAUGCAAAGCUAGAGCAGAAGCCCUCGGGCAGCAAGAUAUUCCAAAUAUUUCAGUGGCUUUUUCCACUAGGGAAAGGUGACAAGUUCCCCAAAGAUGAAUUUUAGUUUGUUUUUUGGGAAAGAAGCCCGAGUUCAAUUCUCACAUUCUUUUUCCUUGGCGGUACACUUCUUAACAAUUUUCAGGCAUAAGCACCGGUUCCUUCUAGCAGGGAACCAAUUUUACAUCGUUGUGGCUGCCAGUACAAGAAUGCCUUGAGUAUCUUAAGCUUGGUGUAUGAGCCGUCCUUGUCUGUUGUCUAUAACUUAUAACACCAGAGAGUUUUGGAGAUGGAAAGUAGGGUUCUAAAUAGCAGUUUCCUUUUUUUCCUUAACAAUGUUAAUCCUAGUACUCAACUAAUUCCAUAGAUGUUUCAUGUUUCACACAUUUGCCAUUUCAUUUGUACUCUGAACUCCAGAUCUUUUUUCUUUUUAAAUAGUAGAUACUGAACCAGUGAUCUUUGGAUAAA